AUGCCUCCUUACGACAGUGACUCUUCCGACGAGGGAGAGGAAUAUACUGAAACAAAUACUCUUCUGGGAUACGCGUCCCAAGGCGCAUCCGGAGACGCCAUAUCGCACCUGGGCGGUUCUCCAGCAUGGAUAGACGAUAAAACGGCACCCUCGGGUGCAUUGGCAAAGUGCAAAGUAUGCAACGGGCUUCUUACGCUUCUGCUCGAACUGAACGGCGACCUUCCCGAACAUUUCCCCGGACACGAACGACGACUGUACAUAUGGGGCUGUCGCAGGAAGACUUGCAGGCGGAAGGAAGGCAGCGUGAGGGGACUACGCGGAAUCCGCGUUGCGAAAGGGUCCGGCAAGCUCGCAGAGAAGAAGGCGCAGAAGCCGGAAGUCAAGCAACAGGAGGAGCCGCAGCCGCAGCCGCAGCCGCAGCUGGGAGAAUCGCUGUUCGGAGUCAAGAGCGGCGGCAGCGCGGGAGCACCAGCAAACCCUUUCGCGAACCCAUUCUCGUCAGCUUCAAAUGGAACACCGCCAGCCAACCCAUUUGCUCCAGGCGGUGCCAGCGCGAAUCCUUUCGGAAGCGCACAGCCGCCAGCAAAGCCUGCGCCUGAGGUGAGCAAGGACGAGGCCUCCACGACAUUACCCGAAACAUUUGCAUCAAAGGUGCGCGUCUCAUCGCCGCCGCCUGCAACACAGCCCGCGCGACCGCACGAACCCUGGCCCGCAGAAUCAGACUUCCCUCCCGCAUACCCGCACUACUACCUCGAUGCCGAGUACGAGACGCUCGAUGCGCCCUCCACACCCCAGAUCCCCGCGAACGCACGCAUGGACGUAGACACCGAGGGCGGCGGCAGCGGAGGCGGAAAAGAAGACAAGGAGAUCUUUGAGAGUACACUCGACAAGGCUUUCCAGAAGUUUGCAGACCGCGUUGGCGAGAACCCCGAGCAGGUCCUCCGGUACGAGUUCCAGGGUAAACCUUUGCUCUACAGUGACGCCGAUGCUGUCGGCAAGCUGCUUGCCGCACACUCAGAGCACGGCUCGUCUUCGAACGUGAAAGUCACCACCAUGGGCUCCGGAGGAGGCUCGGGCGUGCCGAGAUGUCAGAACUGCGGCGCCGACCGCGUUUUUGAGGUACAGCUAACGCCACAUACGAUCACUGAGCUGGAGGCGGAUGAGAUGAGUAUCGAUGGGAUGGAAUGGGGCACCAUCAUUUUUGCGACUUGCAGCAAGGACUGCAAGCCGAGCGACGUGCCCGAGGGCGAGGUGGGAUAUGUGGAGGAAUGGGUGGGUGUGCAGUGGGAGGAGGUUGCUAAGAACAACUGA